AUGGACAAGGUAAACCAGACAUUUGUGAGAGAAUUCAUUCUUCUGGGACUCUCUGGUUACCCCAAACUUGAGAUCAUUUUCUUUGCUCUGAUUCUAGUUAUGUAUGUAGUGAUUCUAAUUGGCAAUGGUGUUCUGAUCAUAGCAAGCAUCUUGGAUUCUCGUCUUCACAUGCCCAUGUACUUCUUUCUGGGCAACCUCUCUUUCCUGGAUAUCUGCUAUACAACCUCCUCCAUUCCCUCAACAUUGGUGAGCUUAAUCUCAAAGGAAAGAAACAUUUCCUUCUCUGGAUGUGCGGUACAGAUGUUCUUUGGGUUUGCGAUGGGGUCAACAGAAUGUUUCCUCCUUGGCAUGAUGGCAUUUGAUCGUUAUGUGGCCAUCUGUAACCCUCUGAGAUACCCCAUUAUCAUGAGCAAGAUGGUGUAUGUACUGAUGGCUUCUGUAUCAUGGCUUUCCGGUGGAAUCAAUUCAAUUGUGCAAACAUCACUUGCCAUGCGAUUGCCUUUCUGUGAGAACAAUAUUAUUAAUCAUUUCUUAUGUGAGAUCUUAGCUGUCCUAAAAUUAGCUUGUGCUGAUAUAUCGCUCAAUAUUGUUACCCUAGCAGUGUCAAAUACUGCUUUCCUAGUUCUUCCUUUGCUCGUGGUUUUUUUCUCCUAUAUGUUCAUCCUCUACACCAUCUUGCAAAUGAACUCAGCCACAGGAAGACGCAAGGCAUUUUCUACGUGCUCAGCUCACCUGACUGUGGUGAUCAUAUUUUAUGGUACCAUUUUCUUUAUGUAUGCAAAACCGAAGUCCCAGGGCCUCCUUGGGAAAGACAACUUGCAAGCUACAGAGGGGCUUGUUUCCAUGUUUUAUGGGGUUGUGACCCCCAUGUUAAACCCCAUAAUCUAUAGCUUGAGAAAUAAAGAUGUAAAAGCUGCUAUAAAAUAUUUGCUGAGUAGGAAAGCUAUUAACCAGUAA